AUGAUGAUCGGUAACGUCUACUUCAUCGCGGCCGUGUCCGUGGUGGGUGGUGCUCUUUUCGGUUUUGAUAUCUCAUCUAUGUCCGCUAUCAUUUCCACCGAUGCAUAUUUGUGUUAUUUCGAUCAAGGAGGAAUGGUCGAUGGUAAAUGCACGGGUCCAACUCCAAAUGUUCAAGGUGGUAUCACCGCUUCUAUGCCUGCUGGAAGUUGGCUCGGAGCUUUGAUCUCAGGUUAUAUUUCUGAUAUUCUCGGGAGAAAGAGGGCCAUUCAAAUCGGUUCUGUGAUCUGGAUCAUCGGUUCAAUCAUCGUCUGCGCUUCCCAAAACAUUCCUAUGCUUAUCGUCGGACGUAUCAUCAACGGUCUGUCGGUUGGAAUUUGCUCUGCUCAAGUUCCAGUCUAUAUCACAGAGAUCGCACCACCAUCCAAGCGUGGAAGACUCGUCGGUUGCCAACAAUGGGCUAUCACCUGGGGUAUCCUCAUCAUGUUCUACAUUUGUUACGGAUGCUCGUUCAUCAAAGGAACCUCUGCUUUCCGUAUUCCAUGGGGACUGCAAAUGCUUCCCGCCGUCUUCCUAUUCUUCGCUCUAUUCUUAUUGCCUGAAUCUCCACGUUGGCUCGCUAGAAAAGACCGUUGGGAAGAGGCUCAUCAAGUCUUGUCUCUUGUUCACGGUGGCGGCGACAGCAACUCCCCAUUCGUUGCUAAAGAACUGGCAGAAAUCAGAGAAGUUGUUGAAUUUGAGAGAGCAAACGCUGAUGUUACCUACUUGGAGUUGUUCAAGCCCGACAUGAUUAACCGAACACACAUCGGUAUCUUCACACAAAUUUGGUCUCAACUUACUGGUAUGAAUGUCAUGAUGUACUACAUUACUUACAUCUUCACCAUGGCUGGUUUGGGUAGCAAUGUUCUUUUGCCUUCCUCCAUCCAAUUCAUUAUCAAUGUCGUUAUGACUGUUCCUGGAUUGAUCUGGGUCGAUAAAUUGGGUCGUCGUCCUGUUCUUUUGUUUGGAGCUUUCCUAAUGAUGCUCUGGCUCUUUAUCAACGCUGGUGUCUUGGCUACAUACGGAACAGUUCCAUACCCAGGUCAAUUCUCUAGUGCCGCUGAAUCCAUCUCUAUUACCGGAGCACCAUCAAAAGCCGUCAUUGCAUGCACAUACCUCUUCGUUGCAUCCUAUGCUCCAACAUGGGGACCGGUUUCCUGGAUCUACCCACCCGAGCUUUACCCUCUCCGCGUCCGUGGAAAAGCCGUCGCUCUCGCUACUUCUGCCAAUUGGGCUUUCAACUUCGCUCUUGCAUACUUUGUCCCACCUGCGUUUGCCAACAUCAGAUGGAAGGUAUAUGUUGUCUUUGGGGUAUUUUGUGUUGCCAUGUUCCUCCAUGUCUACUUCGUAUUCCCGGAAACUAGUCAGAAGCCCCUUGAAGAAGUUGAAGCGAUCUUUGAUUAUUCGACCCCUGGCAGCAUCAAGUUCUUGGGUACACCAGCCUGGAAGACAGGUGUUGACAAACGUGCAGGACGUUUGGAGAGAGGAGAAUUCGAUGUGGAGGACAAACUUGGUCCUAGUGCUGCUCAUCAUGAUGAUGCUAUACCAGUCAAUGAGGUUUCUAAAUCUGACUUGUAG